AAUAUGGCGGAGCCGAGGAUGGAGAAAGUCAAACAGUCACUCAAACGAGUUUUUAUUAACAACAUAGACUCAUAUGCAUCCAAAUAUAUUGCCAAGUUUUUGUCUGAAUGCGUUGUCGGAGGACCUGUUGAUCCUGAUGGAGAGAUGGAGUCCAAGGAGGAGGAGAGGAUAAUAACAAACCAUAGCGGAGCCGCAGCUUUUCAGGUUGUUGGAAGUGUUUCUGAUAAAUCUAACGAGGACAGACCGGAUGUCCUGGAAGCGUAUUUAGAAGGGGACAGAGACGAGCUAUUUCCUAAACUGAUGAAAUGUGAUGUUGUCAUCUACAACAUUAGCCAGUGUACUGAUCAGGUGAAGGAAGCCCUCUGGGCUGUUUCAGCUCUUCACAAUGAAAUGGGACAUUUUUCUGGACCAAAGGUGUUCAUCCUCAUCUCCACUGUGAUGACCUGGGCGUGCAGCAAGCCAGUUGAUCCUGAUGAUCUGGAACUUCCUUUCACUGAUGAGAUUUUCUGGAGAAGAAAAGCACAUCCCAGCUUCAAACAACACAUUGACCUGGAGAAGAGGGUGGUCAAAAUGGGCAAAACUAACAGAACAUUGUUCUCGACAUAUGUGGUGGCAUCAGGACUUCAGUACGGGAUGGGAGAGCAAGUCUUCCACUUCUUUUUCAAGACAUCAUGGCUGGGACAAGAACAUGAAAUACCUGUCUUUGGAGACGGCAACAAUAUCGUUCCCACGAUUCACAUCAAUGACCUGGCAAGUGUGAUUCAGAACGUGAUUGAACAUCAGCCCAAGCCAUAUUACCUGCUAGCUGUGGACUCUUCCAACAAUACCAUGGAGGACAUUGUGAAGACAGUUGCUUCUGUACUUGGACCAGGGAAGAUCCGGAAAAAGCCAUUUGAAGACGCCUUCCUCACACAGGACUUAAGUAUAAUGGAAAUUGAUUCCAUGUUGGUCAACCUCCGCAUGAAGGGUGUCUACCUCAAGGAGCUCUUCUCUAUUAACUGGUUGUGUGAGACUGGUUUGGUGGAUAACAUAGAGCUGGUGGUGGAGCAGUACCGGCAGACCAGAGGACUUCUGCCCAUCCGUCUGUGUGUACUGGGUCCUCCUGCAGUGGGGAAAAGUACAGUAUCAAAACUCAUCUGUGAACACUACAAGCUCCAUCACAUUACAUUGAAGGAGACCAUCUCUGAAACCAUCACACAACUAGAAGAUGCUUUGAAGAAAGCUGAUCCAGAUGCAGAGAAUGAGGAUUCAGCGGCAGAGGCCCAGGAGCUGCUCAGCAGACUGAAGGACAGUAUGGAGCAGAUCGGAGGUAAUUUGGAUGACCAGCUGUUGGUGAAGGUGGUGAAGGAUAAGCUGAAGUCUAACUCGUGCAGAAACCAGGGUUUUGUUCUGGAUGGCCUUCCCAAGACUUGUGAACAAGCUAAAGAGCUCUUCAGUGCUGAAGAACAUGAAUCAGAGGAUGGAACAUACCAGAUUUCUUCAUAUAGCAAGAAGAUUAUGCCAGAGUUUGUGUUGUGCCUGGACGCGUCAGAUGCCUUUCUGAAGGAUCGGGUGAUGAACCUGUCUGAGAGGCUAGUGCAGGAGCACAACUACGAGCAGGAGCACUUCCUGAGAUGUCUGGUCAGAUACAGAGAAAACAACAGGGAGGAUGAAACUGUUGUCAACUACUUUGAUGAGCUGGACAUUACACCUCUGUACCUGGAGAUCACCAGCAGUGAUGAACCUGACUGCUUGCUGCUGAUGCAGAAGAUCUGCGACACUGUGGGCAAGCCCAGGAACUAUAGCCCCAGCAGCCAGGAGGUGGAAGAGGAGGAGAAGAGGAAGGCUGACGAGAAAAUGCGGAGAGAGACCCAGGAGAGGGCACAAGAGGAGGAGAGGGAGACGGAGGAGGCCACACACAGGGCUGCACACUGGGAGGAGUGGACUAAAGGUUUGGAGGAGGUGAGGCAGCAGGAUGAGAAACUAAUGGAGAACAAGUCAGUCCCUAUGAGAAACUACCUGGUGGAGCACGUCAUGCCCACUCUGACUCAGGGUCUGAUCGAAUGCUGCAUCGCACAACCACAGGACCCUGUGGAAUUCCUGGCGGAGUACUUGUUUAAGAACAACCCUUAUGGCUACUAAAGGUAGAGGUAAUUUCUUGUGGUUGCACCCAUACAAGACGCAAAUAGAGAACAAAAAAACUGCA